AUGACCAAAAAACAAUUACUAUUUAAAAUCCUUGUAAUUGGUGACGUUGGCACGGGCAAGUCAUCGAUCGUUCGGCGCUACGUUCAUAAUCUAUUUAAUCAAUAUUAUAAAGCCACCGUAAUUACCUAUUGUUCAGUUUCUUUGUAUCACAUUUGA